AUGAAGAUAGAUGGCAAGUGCCUGAUCGAUUUGAUCAGGCCGAGACCUCCAGAUCUUACUAGUUUGGGCAAGAGCCACAAGUCAACCAUUGAAUCAACAGCUUGUGAAGUUCGGAACAGAGAACUUUCUCUAAUCCAACGCCGCAUUCUCCGAAGAUUGAGGAACAAGAGGAGAUCCAUUAAAAGAAAUCUUUCUCAGAGAGAAAAUCUAAACAGUAACAUCAAAUCACAAACUACACGAAAGUUGUCCAUUUAUUAUGGGGAUUUACCCAUAAGGGAGAUGCACAGAGGAAGAGAACGAACUUCAUAUAUCCCUUUUUUACUCAAUCAAGAAACAAGAUCGGACGUGAUUCCGGUUCGUCUCCAUUUUAGUGACACUCUUCCUCAAGCAAGGCAGCCGAUAAGUCAUCGAAGGGUUUGUUUGAAUAAUGGACUGGUAACCAUUACUCAUUUGAAAGUUUCCCACGGUGAUCUAAUAUCUUUUAAAGAAAAUGACGCGAGAACCCGCGGUGAAGAAAUAAGGAGAUCUUUCUAUAUCGACAUAUCAGUUGGAAAAAUCGUAGGCAAAUUCCUACCGGCCAAAAUCUGGAGAAGAACAAAAACAGAAUGGUUCCGCUUACUCACAACUCAGAGGGGAUGCCGCUUACUACUCAAAUCCUUGUUUUUGCAAAAGUUGCGUUCUUAUAUGCAAGAAGAAGACUUUGAAAGAACAAAGAAGUUUGGAUCCGCAAAAGUAUGCUUAGGCAGUUCCUUCGCUGAGCACAACAGAAUGAAGAGGAAUUUGUUUCAUUUCAAAUACUUCUUCUUAUUGAAAAGAGGGAAGGAGAAAAACCGAAAUCUUCCUACUCGAACAAUAAGUCCUUUUGUUUACAAGUCUUCUUUAUAUAGUAAUUCGACCUAUUGCUCCGGAUCCCCGUUUACUAGGAAGAUAAGAAUCAAAAGGAUCGAACUACCUACUCAUUAUUCGGAGGUGAAUCAUAGAACACUAAAAGCUGUGGUAUCUUAUGGACCUAACAUAGGUCACAUCCCUCACGACAUAAGAUUGAAAGAUCCAAACCUUCCUCUUCGGAGCGGAAACGGACGUGGCCAAAACAUAUAA